UUCCGGGCGGACAGGCCGCGGGCGCCGGUGUCUCGUUCUCCCCCCUACGUUGAGUCGGCUUCUGCAGCUCUCCACGGCGGGCAUGGCAGCUCGGAGGAGCCGGCGGGCCGCCUUGGGACUCUGCGCCACAGUUGUUUUACUUGAUGUGGCCUUCUGUAGAGCAUUUGUAGAAGAUUUAGAUGAAUCGUUUAAAGAAAAUCGAAAAGAUGACAUUUGGCUUGUAGAUUUUUAUGCACCAUGGUGUGGCCAUUGUAAAAAACUGGAACCGAUUUGGAAUGAAGUUGGUCUUGAGAUGAAAAGCAUUGGUUCUCCAGUUAAAGUUGGAAAGAUGGAUGCUACUUCCUAUUCUAGCAUUGCUUCAGAGUUUGGAGUUCGAGGUUAUCCAACAAUUAAGCUAUUAAAAGGGGACUUGGCAUAUAAUUAUAGAGGACCACGAACAAAAGAUGAUAUUAUUGAAUUUGCUCACAGAGUAUCUGGAGCUCUAAUUCGGCCACUUCCAAGUCAGCAAAUGUUUGAACAUGUGCAAAAGAGACAUCGUGUAUUUUUUGUCUAUAUUGGUGGAGAAUCACCUUUAAAAGAGAAGUACAUAGAUGCUGCUUCAGAAUUGAUUGUAUAUACAUACUUCUUUUCUGCGUCAGAAGAAGUGGUUCCUGAGUACGUGACACUAAAAGAGAUGCCAGCUGUUCUUGUUUUCAAAGAUGAAACUUACUUUGUUUAUGAUGAGUAUGAAGAUGGUGACCUGUCAUCCUGGAUCAAUAGGGAGAGGUUUCAGAACUACCUUACUAUGGAUGGCUUCCUCUUGUAUGAACUUGGAGACACAGGAAAGCUUGUGACUAUUGCAGUUAUUGACGAGAAAAAUACAUCAGUUGAACAUACCAGAUUAAAGUCAAUUAUUCAGGAAGUUGCUAGAGAUUACAGAGACCACUUCCAUAGGGAUUUUCAGUUUGGCCAUAUGGAUGGAAAUGACUAUAUAAACACCUUACUGAUGGAUGAAUUAACAGUUCCAACUGUUGUUGUACUGAAUACUUCAAACCAACAAUACUUCUUGCUUGAUAGGCAGAUUAAGAAUGCUGAAGACAUGGUCCAGUUCAUUAAUAACAUUUUGGAUGGAACAGUGGAAGCCCAAGGAGGUGAUAGCAUUUUGCAGAGGCUGAAAAGAAUAGUAUUUGAUGCCAAAUCUACUAUUGUGUCUAUAUUCAAGAGCUCACCACUUAUGGGCUGCUUUCUCUUUGGCCUGCCACUGGGUGUCAUCAGUAUCAUGUGCUACGGAAUCUACACAGCUGACACAGAUGGAGGUUAUAUAGAAGAACGAUAUGAGGUGUCUAAAAGUGAAGUUGAAAGUCAAGAACAGAGAGAAGAGAGCAAAGACCAGCAGGAGGUGAGCAGCGGAGGACCUCUCGUGCCCACAGUGCAGGAGCCCAAGGAUAUAUUAGAAAAGAAGAAAGAUUGAGACUUCACUGCUAUAAAAUAUUUGAUAAGAUUUCAAAUUAUUGAAGAGUCUAUUUAUUGAAUUUAGACAUUUAAUCAUGAUCUUUACAGAAGAGAACAUGUUUGUAUUUUGCUAAUAUCAACUGCAUGGAUUAAAGUAAUCCUUCUAUAAAUGUGGAGAUGUUUGGAAUAAAGAAAUGAAUGGUUUGUCUAAAACAAACACAGCAUAAGCACUCCAUCAGAGUUUACCUUAUAGAUGUUGUUAUAGCAGAUCAAUUCUAUUUGCAUGUUUCUCUAUCUGAAUAUUCUGUGGCAAAGUUAAAAUUCUUGGGCAGAAUAUUUAAAUUGAUCAGUCAGGUAGAAGAUACAUGUCUGAUACAGAAAAAAACAAUACCUCCACUUCCUGCCAUCCAUUCUCCUCAUAUAUUUUGGACACAAUGAAUAUGGACAAAAUUAAGUCUAAAAUUUAGGCACUUUAAGGAGAAUUAAUAACUUUUUCCAUGUAUCAGUUAAGAUUAUGGGUUUUGUAUAGCAUAAUGGUUUUAUUUUGUUAUUAUUUUUAAAGGAGAGGAAAUGUUACUUUUUAGCUUUAUACUCAGUGCAUUAUUAUAAAAUUUUCAUAUGGACCGAUAGAGUGGGAAAAAAUAGUCUUGUAUUCACCUUUGCAAAAUAAACAGGAUUUUAUUGGGAGCAGUGGUUUUAACCCCUGCUCUGUAAUACUUUUGACGGUGUCUCAUUGGUCAUUGCAGGAAGGAACGGGUGUCUGUUCAUCCUACCCUACUUUAGCCAAAACAGCCUACUGUUUUUGUUUUGUUUCAUUUCAGUGUUCUAUAUUCAGAUUUCUUCUAAAAUUUCCUUUGCUGAAAAUCUGCUUUUUGGAAAGUAAUAUCACAUUUUUAUGUUUAUGGAAAUUUACAGUCAAAAAUAUAUAUGUGUAUAAACACACACAUAAAAUUUAUUGGUACAUCUGUUAUGUAAUCCUGUGAGCAUGUCUGGGUCAUUGUUGAUAAUGAGUAAUAAGUGAUGUAAUCAUCAUGUCAAACAACAAAAGUCACAUUCUAUGAAAAGAAAAGGUUGACCAAUUACCUUCUCUGUUCUCUGUUCUGUCACCUAUUUCAGCAAGUGACCUCUCAUCUUCUAUUUAUGAUAAGAUAACAUAGGAAUUUUAUCACAAGGAAUGUCUAAAAAUUGCUGUUUUUUUAAAAUAACUAGCAGUUGAUAUGUUUAUUGUAGAUUAGUUAUUUUGAGGCCUUCAUUUUAGAUAAGUUCGGGUUUUUAUUAGGUAACUGUUAUUUGGGUGGUUAUUCAUUGAAUAACCUGUCCAUUAUAAAGAAUUUUGUUGAACAUUUUAUAAUAUUUAAUCAUUUUAAACAUGUAAUUCAUGGUCCCAACACCGAAGUUGUUUAGGGAUUUGAUCAUCAAGAACAGUCUUUUGUUGUUUCUGAUGCCGUACUGAUCAGGACUAUGUAGAAACUCUUGUAUCUUAAGUACUAAGAAAUUGCUAGUAAUAGUUUUAUUAUAUCCAUGUGCUCUUUUAGUAUUUAGUAAUUAAGUACCCAUUCUUACUGUUUGGCAUUCCAUUUUUUUUUUUUAAUAAUGAAACAAAUAUGCAGUCAGGGUGUUUUCAGGAAAUACUAGAGUGAAAUGUUCUGAAGUGGAAACUGGAGAUAAGUGCUGUCAAUUUAACACAUAAAUUUCUUCCCAAAGAAUAAUGAGGGAUUUAGGGGAAAGAUACACAUUAAUGUUCCCAGUGGUCAAGCUUGUUUUGCAGUAGCAAAAGCUUAGGAAAGUACACAUGCCUCAUUUGAGACCGAAGUCUAGUAAGGAAAUGAAAACUGGAGGUGACAUGAAGUAGUUGUAGACAGUGUCAUUUUUUUCCCCUUCAUAGUUAUCGCUGUCACAUUAGUUGUCUGCAUAUUUUUGUCUUGUUAUUCAUCACCUAUGAGUGAAAGACCUCAAUAGGGGAAAAAAAAGGUAAAGCUCAGUGAGUAUCAGCAAACAAAUAUUCGGUGAUACUCCUUUGUAUUCCUGGUGUUCUUUACAAAUGAACGCCUUGUUCUCUGCUUCCUUUCACUGCUUUGUCCUAUUGCCUCAUAUUCUGUUUGUGCUUUUAGCAUGUGUCUGUUGGGAAAACAAAAUGUCUAGGUUGUUUGUAGGUCAUUUUAUUUCUUUUUAUAUUAAAGUGUUGCUUUUUUCUCUACUUUGAGAAAUGUUUAUUUUCAUUGUCAGACUGCUCACAAAAGAAACUUUAAAAUUUGUUCACUAGUAUAGCUUUUUCCAUUCAAUGUGAUAUCAGAGUUUACUAUGAAUGUUAUUUUAAUUUCAGGAAAAAUUACUUCAAAAUAAAGACAGACUUUUAAAUAAUUGAAUCUAAUAGAAGAAUAUGGGUAUCAUUCUAAUUCAGUGAUGAAACUUAUGAUUACAUAUUAAUAAUGGGAACCUACAGGGAGUAGGAGUUUUGCCUUUUCUUUCAGUUGCAGCAGGGUUCAGUUUUCAACUUCUAAAAUUCUGAAUUCUAGAUUUUUGCUGUUGCUGAGUCUGGUGUUCAGACAAUAUUUAAGGAUAUUUAAAUAAGAUAAAGUGCAUGGUUUUACCAAAUACCCUACACACCUCAUUAUAGUUUGCAAUUCUUUUUUUUUUCCUUUUAUGCAUCAAUAUUUUCCUAGCUACUAGUAUGGGAACUUGUUUGACAUGUAUUAGGCCCAGAAUUCUCAUUUUCUUCUUCACACAUAGUGCUUCCUACUAUCUGGUUUAGAGAUAGGUAACAUUAAGAUGCCAAAUGUCUACGGGUAAAAGGAAGGGUCUAUAUGAGUAGUUAGGACAAUUUUAUUUAGUGGAUUUGUUGGUUAUAAUGUUUUUUUGUGUUUUGCUUAGCGGCCUUUUUGGUUUGGGUUUUGCAGAAAAUAGUUUAAAUAUUUUAUUAUUGCUUCAUAUGAUAUGGAAGUAGGACAGGGAAUAAAACCACUCUGCUCUUCUUGCAGAAAUUGCUCAAAUAAAUCAGUGUUAUUUAAACACUGAAGUUCAGACUGUCAAUUAAUUGGUGGGAUUAGGUUUGCUAUUUUAUUUUUAUAAAUAUAUAUAUUUUCUGGAUGUGUCUGAGUCCAAGAGUGGGCAAAAAAUUUUCUACUUUGGACUAACCUAUAAAAGGUUUUUGAAAGUCUGUAUUACUAACUUGUUGAAUUCAUGAUAUCCUGCCUUAUGGCACAAAUUGUAAACGCUUUGUUUUUCUAAAAUAAAGUAAUUGAAAACCUA